AUGGGCUUCUCUAACCAAAGCCAAUGCAUUUGUUUUGCUUUGAUCCUCACUUUGGGAGCUUUGGCUUCUCAAGUUGCUGCUCGCACCCUCCAAGAUGUGACAAUGCGUGAGAUGCAUGAACAAUGGAUGGCUCGUUAUGGACGGUUAUACGAAAAUAAUCAGGAGAAGGAGAAGCGUUUGAAGAUAUUUAAGGAGAAUGUGGCGCUUAUAGAAUCUUUCAACGACGUUGGAAACAAACCUUACAAAUUAGGAGUCAACCAAUUUGCAGAUCUUACGAAUGAAGAGUUCAAAGCCUCACGAAAUAGAUUCAAGGGGCAUGAGUGCUCAACAAAGACUUCUUCCUUCAAAUAUCAAAAUGUGACUGCAUUGCCUUCGUCCAUGGAUUGGAGAAAGAAAGGAGCCGUAACACCCAUCAAAGACCAAGGCCAAUGUGGAUGUUGCUGGGCAUUUUCAGCAGUGGCAGCCAUGGAAGGAAUUACUAAGCUAAAAAGUGGUAAACUAAUCUCAUUGUCAGAGCAAGAGUUGGUUGACUGCGACAUUAAAGGAGUGGACCAAGGUUGUAGUGGUGGUUUGAUGGACAAUGCUUUCCAGUUCAUCCAAAACAAUCACGGUCUCACUACAGAAGCCAACUAUCCUUACACAGGUGUGGAUGGAACCUGCAACACAAAGGGAGAAGCCAACCAUGCAGCCAACAUAAACGGCUACGAAGAUGUGCCAGCCAACAGUGAGAAGGCACUUCUUAAGGCUGUAGCUAAUCAGCCAAUUUCAGUUGCCAUAGAUGCUGGAGGAUCUGACUUCCAAUUCUAUUCAAGCGGAAUUUUUACAGGAGAGUGUGGUACUAGCCUAGACCAUGGCGUUACUGCUGUUGGUUAUGGGGUUACUAGUGAUGGGACCAAGUAUUGGCUGGUGAAGAACUCAUGGGGUACAGAAUGGGGUGAAGAAGGGUACAUAAGGAUGCAAAGAGAUGUUGAUGCAAAGGAAGGCCUAUGUGGUAUAGCUAUGCAAGCCUCUUAUCCGACUGCAUAG